UCUGCGAUGACAACAGUCACGUUUGUCUUCUUAACUCUGUUCACUUGGCUGGCGUCCUCUGGUACGUGGCUCAGUCAGUGUGGACAUCAUGAAGAAACAGCGUCCCGAAGUGCAUCAUGUAAGAAUGCUGUCAUUCAUAUCAGUGACAAAACAAACCUGACACGUAAUAGAUAUUCUGAAAUGAGUAUUGCUUUUGAGGAGUUUUCCUGCAUGUGCUUUAAUGGAUGUCCAAACCUGUUUAAAAGAGUUACUGUGAAUGCAGAAAAGGAAAACUGGCAUGUCUGCAAAUGUACAGUUCAGCCGUUUUUGGUACUUUUCCUGUCUAAGACAAGCGGUCUUCUGCUUACAAUAGAGACAAAGUAUCAUAAUCAAAGCACAGACCUCAGUUACAGAACUAUCUGUACUUCAUGUCUCCUGCUGAGAUCUGUGGCUGACUGCGCCCACAUCAUUACACCUGUUCUAGUGUACAACAAGAAAACGAUGGAUUAUUUCUGCAUCUGCGAGGUGUGCGACCUUGAGGUCAAAAUCUUACAAGGCUUUGUGCACAGAGGACCUAGAUGUGGAUUUUCAGAAUGCCUUAUCUUUAUACUGUCUCACAUCCAAGUGUCCUCUGAAGGGAAGAGAGCUUACAUCAGCAUUUUCUGUGUGAAGAUACCAUCCAGUUCAGCGCAGUGUACAAAAGAAGCAUUUCUAACACCAGCAGAUGGCAUUAAAUUCCCUGCUUGCAGAGGAAGGAUGAAGAGCGUGCAGCCCACAGACUCCAGCAGAUGGACUGGGAGAUGUUUUCUGUUGGCUGUGUUGGUGCUUGCAGUCUAUACGACAAGAAUCAAAAUAUCAUCAAACAGAGUCAGUCCUGUUCGUGACAAUAAUUCCACAAUUGUGAGGCUUUUUGCAGUGACACUGAGCUGCUUUUCACCAUCACUCUCCAUCUACCAGCUGUCUGAGUUUUCCAUUAUCACUGUCAGCCUCUGCUGUACUCUGGGGAGAACUGUACAUGUGUUAAUUGCCUGCAAGGCUGCUCAUACUGUCAUGAAACACUUCAGUCCUGCACAGCAGCAGCAAUUUAUAGCUCUACCUGUCACUGCGUUGUGUCUCUGGAUGACUUUGUGUGGUUCUUUCUCAAAUAAGAACAUGAACUACUUUUCUACAGAUGUACUUGCCGAGGAUAAUGUGGGAUCAGCACUAAGAUCUUGGGCUGUAUCGGGGCACGUACAGCUUCUAGUUACUUUGUGCUGUGUGUUUGUUUCCCUUCCCAGUUUGUUACAGUCCAUCCUGACUAAACUGAAUAUUUUGAACAUCGUCUUUCAUCUGCAACUGGUUAUGUGUCUACAGAAUUCAAGGAUACCAACAAAGUAUGUGCUGGUUAUUAAGAUCAGUGGAUUAAUUCAAAGCUUUCCUCUGUACCAUUAAAGCUGCCAUAUGCAAAUAUGAACAUCAAAUGAAAUACAACAAAGCUUAAAAAUGUAAAAUUUAAUCCAUCAGUGUCAAUUUGUCACCUAUUUCUUGUAUG